CUCUCUCUGUGGCGACGUCACUCAGGCUGUCUCCAAAGGGACGCAGCGUUGAGUGCUUGAGCAGCCAGGCGGACAGUGUGCAUCCCAGGACGCAACGUCAGUAAAGCCGGGGCUCAACUUUCAGUCGGUCGCUAAACUUCGGACACUUUGGGGGAACUUACAAAAAAAAUGGGCUGCUUCGAGUGCUGCAUCAAAUGUUUAGGCGGGGUGCCGUAUGCGUCGCUGGUGGCUACGAUCCUCUGCUUCUCUGGCGUCGCCCUGUUCUGUGGAUGUGGCCAUGUGGCUCUCACUGGGACUGUGACCAUCCUAGAAACCCACUUCUCCAAGGUCACCAGUGAUCAUGCCAUGCUGACUGACGUAAUACAGCUGAUGCAGUAUGUCAUCUACGGCAUUGCUUCGUUUUUCUUCCUGUACGGGAUCAUCCUGCUGGCCGAGGGCUUCUACACAACCAGUGCCGUCAAGGAACUGCACAGCGAGUUCAAGACCACCAUUUGUGGACGCUGCAUCAGUGGAAUGUUUGUGUUCCUCACAUACAUCUUGGGUGUGGCCUGGCUUGGUGUGUUCGGCUUCUCUGCCGUGCCGGUCUUCCUCUUCUACAACAUGUGGUCUACCUGUGCUGCCAUGAGGUCUCCCAUGUUCAAUCUCACCACCAACAUUGAGUCCAUCUGCGUGGAUGUUCGUCAGUAUGGAAUUAUCCCAUGGAACGCCACACCGGGCAAGGCCUGCGGAUCUACGCUAGGGGACAUCUGCAACACCAGUGAGUUCUACCUGUCUUAUCACCUGUACAUCGUAGCGUGCGCUGGGGCAGGAGCCACUGUGAUCGCUCUGAUCCACUUCCUCAUGAUUCUCUCAGCAAACUGGGCCUACCUUAAGGAUGCCAGUCAAAUGCAUGCCUACCAAGACAUCAAAAUGAAGGAAGAGCGGGAGCUGCAGGACAUCACCUCACGCUCAAAGGAAUGCCUCAAUUCCUACACAUAAGGAUAUUACACGCUCACAGUCCACAUAAGCGCACACACACACACACACACGCACACACGCACACACACGCACACACACGCACAAAGACACAUAGACACUGUGGCCAACCACUGUGGCCCCUUUGGACCAAGACAAUGCUCAGCUAAAAUAACCUGCCAACUGCCCUGACACUGUGCAGUACUAACCAGGCUCCUAACAAACUAAUGCAUCAGUGUUGCUUUCUGCACUAACUCACCAGAAAGUGUUUUGGAACUGCUAUGUAAAGUUUCAUUCAUGCUGAUUUUUAUUUUUUUUUUCUUUAUUUUCUAUUUUUCUAGAGGAAAAACUUGAUGUUCCUGUUGUCUUUUCAUUUUCUCUAGCCCUUUUUUAUAACCAGUCUUUGCUGGUGAAGCUUGAGACAUUGCACUAUUCUCAUACAACGCAUAACAAUGAGUUUGUUUUACAGUCUUGCUCUUUCUUUCUUCUGAGCUGGUGGUGCAAGUUUUCAACAAGGGAAUGUAUAACUUUCUUUUGUUUUUUUUUGUUUUGUUUUUUUCGCUCUUUUUCAAUCAAAAAUGCAGAUGAAUUACAAACAUGAAAGGCCUUAACAUCCAGUCUGAGUCCGAGUGUCACACACUACUGACACAAGAUGAUUACAUUUCAAAAGAUGUUUUGCAGGUCAAACAGGUCAAAUAUAAAGUAUGCACCGCAUUCUGUUGGAAAAGUGCUGGUUAUAUGUACUCUCUAAAGCCAGAGUCAAGUAUUUCACUGCAUUACUGUCUCAGUUAGUGAUAUUUGAUUGUUGAUUCUAAUUUUCAUUGUACAGCUACUUAAAAGUCACACAGAACUUUCAUGGCCUACAUUAACACUACCUCAGGUGUGCACUAGAACCUCUGGAUCAAUUUAACUGGAACACUACUCCCUUGUAAAACUAUGGUUUGAAAAUCCCUCUUUAAUCUUUAAUUGCAAAAAGAUGCCUCGAACACACAGUAUAUAUUUAGGUAGCUGCAACGUAAACCACAUGCAUGCAUGAACACACACACACACGCACACGCACACACACACACACACACACACGCACGCUUGCUCUAUGAGCUCCUCUGCAUCACAGCAUCAGUGUUUCAUUUUUAUGGGUAAUCCCAUAUGAAUAACUGGCUUGCUAAAUGUGGAUUGCUGCCAAUAAUGAGAGAAAGAUAUUCAAAGUAUUUAAUAGCUUAAAAGUUUGUUUUCAUCAAGCGAGAAAAGAUCAAGGCUUGCCAAUGAAGAGAGCUCUCUAAUCUCCCAUAAACAGUUUUUAGCUCAUUGUCUAAUGUAACAUCUGUACAGUAUGAUCAAAAUCGACUUGAUUUUGAAAAUUGUAUGAAAGAAGCAGAACUAUGUCCCAUGUGUAUUGGUACUAUGAAAAAAGAAAAGAUCUAAACAGAUCUGAAGAGCUUAAGGUGUGAGUCAGGAUUUUGUGUUUUGUUAUUAUUGAAAACAGAAACCACUUUUUCUUAAUUUUCUAUAUUUGCAUCUUUUUUGAUGUGCAGUUGUCAUAAUGCUGACAUAAAUGCUCGUGUAGUCUUUUAUUUCUGUUAGUUGAGUUACAGGGAUAACUUGAUGUUUCUUUGUUGCAUGAAGAAAACUGUUUCUGCAGCAACACACAUGAUGUACAGUCACGUAUACUGACAUCAGUAGUAGGCAGUGUUUGCCUGUUUUCUUUUUUUCCUAACUGAUUACAAAUUAAUCCAUUUUUAUAUAGCUGAUUAGUUAUAGAUGUUUUUAGAGUCUUUUAUUCAAGUCUAAAGUAUAUAAGUCCUAUAUUAUUUUGUUGUCUGAUAGUAUACCUGUGUUUUCUAUGAAUGUCAAGGGCUUCCUCGCGAAUUACUGAUGCUUAACUUUUAAUUCAACUUUCAUAUAACAAUUAGUCGUAAACACCAUGUCAUUUAUAAAACUGUACGGCAAUCUAAAUGGUAGAUUUAGCCAAAGUAUGAAUGCCAUUGUGACUCUCUGCCCAGUGUUUUACACAGUAUCUGUGAGAUAUUGUAACACCAAACCUGCAUUGUUCUCUAUAAGACUAAUAACCACAGCUGUACAGAGGCUGAGAUGAAAGAUGACAGAAGCACAUGAGGCUGUGGUUUAUUACAUCUCAUCUUUGUAUGCUGUGUUUCCUGUUGAAUGAACCAAAAGAAAAGAAAAAAAAAAAUACUAAAGAAUAAAGGCUACCUAUCAAUCACCAGAAGGACAACAAUCCAGCAUCCUGUCUGACUGGAAACCCCUUUGUGACAAGACUCAACUGGCCUGUUGACUGUUUUUAUGAAAAUAAAAUAAAACAGAUUUCUCUCUG